AUGCUUUUGCACUUCCCAUCAGCAGUCGUCCUGACACUGCUUGCGCCGCCCGCCUUCCCCUCCCCGCUCGUGCCGCUGUCCCGACGGCGAGCGACACCGCGGCCGGUGCUGUGUGGCAGUGGCGACGGCAGCGAGUCGGCGGAUGAGGGCCCGAUCCGCAGCCAGCGCGAUGUGAUUGAGCGAGUCAUGGACGAUCGCCAGGAAGAGGGCACCGACGAAGAGGGCACGGUUGCGCCUACGCCGGCCUCGCGGCGCCGGCUGGCGAUGCUGACUCGCCGCGCCGAGGAGGAGGCGGCAGAGAUGGCCGCCUCUGGCUCGCCGUUCCUCGGUCCGCUCUCGUUUGGCUCAUUCGUGUGGCCGACGGGCGACCCUCGCGCCAACCCGUCGGUCGGCGGGCGGCGCGGCCUGCGCUCGGUGCAGUGGGGCCGCGGCAUCAGCGACGACGCGAGCCGGAGGCUUGCGUGCUACGCCUCCGACUGGCGCGACGGCCUCACGCCCAAGUCGUGCGCCGCCAUCACUUUCCUCUGGUUCGCCUGCCUCGCGCCGGUGCUCGCGUUUGGCGGCGCAAUGUCGGUGCUCACGGACGGGGCGAUGGGCGUGCCAGAGGUGAUCCUGUCGCGCGGCGUGUGCGGCAUGGCCCACGCGGCGGCGGCGGGGCAGCCAAUGACCUUCCUCGGCCCCACGGGGCUCACGCUCGCCUUCACGACCGCGCUGUACGCCUACUGCUCCGCCCUCUCGCUGCCCUUCCUGCCGAUGUAUGCGUGGGUCGGCAUGUGGACGUCGGGCAUGCUGCUCGCCGCCUCGGUGGCCAACCUGUCCGGCCUGAUCCGGUACUGCACGCGCUUCACCGAGGACGUUUUCAACUUUCUGCUCGCCUUCAACUACGUCGCCGAGGCGUGCCGCUCGAUCCGCGCCUCCUUCACGGGACUGGCCGGCUCCGGCUUCCUCGCCCUCAACACGGCGGGGCUCACGGCCCUCGGCCGGCUAUGCGGUUUGGGCCGGCCGCUCCUCGUCGACCUCUUUGCGCUGGCGCCGCGCUGGCGGCUGCUGGCGGCGCUUCCCGCAGUCUUCCUCGCGCUGCUCUUCUUCCUCGACCAAAACAUCACGGUGCGAACGGUCAACGCGCCGGCGAACAAGCUGCGCAAAGGCGCGGCGUACCACCUCGACCUGCUCGUCCUCGCCCUCCUCACCGGCGCCACCUCCCUCUGCGGGCUGCCGUGGAUGUGCUCCGCCACCGUCGAGUCGCUCAACCACGCGCGGCUCAUCCUCUAUAGAGCACGGAUCAUUCGAUGUGGAGAGCGACUAUAG